GUCGGUGCGCAUGCGCGCUGCUCCAGCUGUGUGCGGCUCCUGCUCUCAGACCCCGGUCGCAGUGCUGGUGCCCCACGGGCUCGCGCAGGCCGUCUCCUUGGCAACAGAGGCCACGUGGUGAUGGGGCCGCCCACCCGGCUCCCGUAGGUGCAGCGCAGGCCUGUUGGCACCGCGAGAUUCCGCCCCCCGACGGGGCGCCGGCCGAGUGUUGGGCACGGCCCCAGCGCCUAGCCUUUUGGGUCUCUGCAGCCCGGAGAGCGCCCCGGAAGGACCACCAGGCGACAAUGAAGGUUCUUUUACUAAAAGACGCUAAGGAGGACAGCUGUGGCCAAGACCCAUACAUCAGGGAAUUAGGAUUCUAUGGACUUGAAGCCACUCUGAUCCCUGUUUUAUCAUUUGAGUUUUUGUCUCUUUCCACUUUUUCUGAGAAGCUGUCCCAUCCUGAAGGCUAUGGGGGGCUCAUCUUUACCAGCCCCCGAGCAGUGGAGGCAGUGGAGCUGUGUCUGGAGAAAGACAAUAAAGCUGAAGUCUGGAAAGAUUCUCUGAGAGAAAAGUGGAAUGCUAAGUCAGUGUACGUGGUUGGAAAUGCCACCGCUUCUCUAGUGAAUAAGAUCGGCCUGGACACGGAAGGAGAAAGCUGUGGGAAUGCAGAGAAGCUUGCGGAAUACAUCUGUUCCAGAGAAUCACCAGCAUUGCCGCUUCUGUUUCCCUGUGGAACCGUCAAAGGAGAAGUCCUGCCAAAGAUGCUCAAGGACAAAGGGAUCCCCAUGGAGAGCAUCGUUGUCUAUCAGAAGAUCCCACACCCGGGCAUCCAGGGGAACCUCAACAGCUACUAUGCUGAGCAGGGCACCCCAGCGAGCAUCACGUUCUUCAGCCCGUCCGGCCUCACCUACAGCCUCAGGCAUAUCCAGGAGUUAUCCGGUGACCACAUUGAUCAGAUCAAGUUUGCCGCCAUCGGCCCCAGCACGGCCCGCGCGCUGGCUGACCGGGGCCUGCCCGUGAGCUGCAUGGCCGAGAGCCCCACGCCGCUAGCCCUGGCCCGGGGCCUCCAGAUGGCGCUUCAGCCACCGGCCACCAGCUGAGCCACCGGCCCUUCCAGCCGUGCCGCUGUCCCUGGCCCAGGGCGCCCUGCCACCGCGGGGAAGCCAGGCCUGGUGGGGCCCCCCAGAUUCUGCCUCGUGCCUCUGCGGAACCAACGGGACCCCCGGCUCCCGGGCCAGCAAGGGCCCCUCCGGCAACAGGAAGACACCCAAGCAAAGCACCCUGGCUCCCCGCGCUGACUGCCGUGUCCCUUGCUGCCUGUCGCUUCCCUGCAAAGCUGUGUCUGCGGAGGAGACCGAGGUGCCCCCACUUUGAGACCGCCAGGCCCAGGGGGGCCUGAGAAAUCUGCGUGUACGGAGUGGUUCCCGGCACCUGAUCAGAGGCACCGACGGAAACCCGACGCAGCGCAGCGUAGGCCAGUCGGGCAUCUAGAGGUGGGGGGAGGGGGGUGUUCAGUUUGCUUAGAAGGGGUUCGUCCACGUCCGACUGCCGCUCAGGUCGUGAUCUCGCAGUUCGAGCCCCUCGUCAUGCUCUGUGCCGCCAGCUCAGAGCCUGGAGCCUGUUUCU